UGAACUCCCAACAGAACCGGUUCCACCGCAUGACUUCCCUUCAGCAGCAUCCGAGGUGCAACUCAUUUAAACCGGAGCGUCUCCGCCUCACAGGAGUCCCGCCCUCAAGGUUAGACUCAUCGUGAACUCUGGCCUGAAGCCUGAACAUAUCACCAAGACAACUGGAGUGGUCCGAGGCAAUCUGAGCAGCUCCACGUCCUCAGAACAAACACACAGAACCGGAGCAGCUGUUCACCUGGACCACGACAGUGGAGGUGGAGUAUUGCCAGAGAGAGAGAGAGAGACCUUCACUCUCGUCGUCCACUGAGAGCCGACAGGUGCAGGAGGCCGAGCUGGAAAACUGCUGACUUCACACUCUCCGAAGCGUUCUACGAACACAAUGGCUUCCAGAUGGGAGGAUCUCUCCUGCUCCGUCUGCCACGACGUGUUCAAGGACCCGGUGGUCCUGUCCUGUAGCCACAGCUUCUGUAGAGACUGUCUGAAGGGAUGGUGGAGAGAGCAGCAACUACAGGAGUGUCCCGUCUGCAGGAGGAGGUCCUCGAGGAGUGAACCUCCCGUUAGCUUGGUGAUCAAGAACCUGUGUGAGUCCUUCUUACUGCAGAGAGAGCAGAGAGCUUCCGGGUUGUUCUGCAGUCUGCACUCUGAGAAACUCAAACUCUUCUGUCUGGACCACCAGCAGCCGGUGUGUCUGGUCUGCAGAGAUUCAGAGAGACACACCGACCACAGAUUCAGACCCAUCGAUGAAGUUGCUCCACAACUCAAGGAGGAGCUCCAGAAAUCUCUGAAGCCCUUAAAGGAGAAACUGAAGGUGUUCGAACAAGUCAAAGGAAACUGUGACCUGACAGCAAAGCACAGGAAGGUCCAGGCCCGCCGAGCAGAGAGCCAGAUCAAGGAUCAGUUUAAGAAGCUUCACCGGUUUCUCGAGGAGGACGAGGAGGCCAGGUUGGCUGCACUGAGGGAGGAAGAGGAGCAGAAGAGUGGGGCGAUGAAGGAGAAGAUGGAGGCCCUGAGCAGAGAGAUCGCAGCUCUCUCAGACACAGUCCGAGCCACAGAGGACGAGCUGAGAGCCGAAGACGUCUCGUUCCUCAACGCCUACAAGGCUGCAGUGGAAAGAGUCCAGCGGCGCCCCCUGCUGGAGGAUCCACAGCUGCUCUCAGGAGCUCUGAUAGACGAGGCCCAACACCUGGGCAACCUGCCCUUCAACAUCUGGGACAGCAUGAAGGACCUGGUCUCCUACACUCCCGUGGUUCUGGACCCGAACUCCGCUCAUCCAGAACUCGUCCUGUCUGCAGACCUGACCACCGUGAGACGAGGAGAGAGACAGAAGCUUCCGGAUAACCCCGAGAGGUUUAAUUCCUUGUGCCCCGUCCUGGGCUCCGAGGGCUUCGACUCGGGGAUCCACAGCUGGGACGUGGAGGUCGGGGACAACCCGGCGUGGUUCCUGGGUGUGGCGGAUGAGUCCGUGGAGAGGAAAGGGAUCACGUGGACCAGGAUGUGGAGGAUCGGGUUCUGCAACGGCAUCUAUAAAGUCUUCGCCCCGUCGAAACAGCCGGUGGUUCUCGCGGUGAUGAAGAAGCUCCGGAGGGUCCGAUUCUACCUGGACUGGAGGAGAGGGUACCUGUCGUUCUCCGACGCCGACACCGACCUGCACACCUACAGCUUCAGGCACAGGUUCACCCAGAAGCUGUUCCCCUACUUCAGCAGCAGCAACGAGUUCCCCAUUAAGAUCCUCCCGCAGCUGGACGACUGCAAUAGUUCCGGUUGGUGGUAACGGGACUCGACCACGAAAUGACUUUCAAUGAGUAAUCAAAUAGAACUGGAAUUAAUUUUCUUUAAACAUGUUGUGUUGAUUUUACUAUUUUUUUCACUCUAGUUGCGAGUGUCGUGCUUUUGUUUUUAUUAUUGUUUUCCGUGAGAUUUAUCGCCGCGUCUCACACAUACAGAGCAGAUUUUAAGUGAUUAAAAAAGUUAUAUAAUAAUAAUAAUAAUAAUACCAACAAUUUAAACUUAUAUAGUGCUUUUCUAAAUACACAAAUAAUAAUAUUUAAAUGCAAUUACUGAUUCUUAUAUCCAUGUCUUCGUGAUGUAGCCACGGAAUUUUUUAAAAUUUGAGUUUCUCCCUUUACAUUUAAUUUCCAGAAGAGCUAACAGAACAAAUAAAAAAUAAAUUAACUUUUACGAGUCUAAAUAUUAAUUAGGUGACAUUCAUAGAUACAUGUGGACAUUAAUCACAACAUCGUCUCGUUUUUAAAGAGCAAAUAAAGCUCAAAUCUGGCAUUAAGCAUCUUACAAUAGAUUUUCCAAGUUAUUUAAAGUCACUAAACAUUUAGUCAAAGCCAUUCAGAGUAACGUAUGUACUUUCCCUUCAGUACGCCUAGCUAACGUACUUUCCCUUCAGUACGCCGAGCUAACGUACUUUUCCUUCAGUAUGCCUAGCUAACGUACUUUUCCUUCAGUACGCCUAGCUAACGUACUUUUUGUGAUGUCAUGUUACGAGAUUUACAUCUACUUCUGGUCUUGCCGGAAGAACUUCAAAAUAAAAGGACCUCAAACAUACAAAGGCACUUACAAAAUGCGGGAAAUAUUCACCAUAUUAACAGAAACGUUUCAGGGUAAUUUACAAUAAUAAAAUCUAUCAAUAAACAAUAUUAUUUUUAUGAAUAAUGUAAAAAUGUUUAAUCUUACAAGCGAGAUUGUAUCCACGUGAAGGCCGUGCUCAAAGGCUCAUGGGUAAGAUGACGACCCCAGGGCCGAAAAACCAAUAAGCGAUGCCGAUGCGAGCGCCGCUCUGUGAUUGGUUGCUAACAAAAACCAUAGAAAUAGUUCCGAGGCCCGUAAAAAGGACGUGAAGCUAUUCUAUAAAAUAUAAAAUCAUACAUUUAAAAGUACUCUUACGGGAAUUUGGACUCACAAAAUUACGUGUUUUUUUUAAAUGUGAUUUUUUACAGAGUUAAACAGAGAUAAAUUAUGUUUUAACGGCAUAAAAGUGACCGUGGGCAUUAGACGACCUGGAGUUUGGCAACACACACACAGACACACACACCACUGACACACACACACACACAACAAAAACAAACAAAGCUGUCAGCGAACACACACAGUGAGCCUGGGAGUCACUGUGACUCGUGAGCAGCAGCAGGAAGUCACAGGAAAGGUGAGCUGAUAAAACGGACAUCAAACGGCCGGUUAUCUGGAGCUCGGCGAGCGGCGGGAUGAAGGCGGCGGCUCGUGGCCCUCCGCGGGCGCCAGAAACAACGCAUUCUCACAUCGUGCCGAGCUUUCAGACCGUCUUUUCAAAAUAAAACACUCCGUCUUAUUUAGUUUUUUUCAGCCGUCUCGGGGGGAGUUAGCCUCCAUGCUAACGGAAAUUUGUUAUUGAUUGCUUUACGGAAUAUUUUAUCAAAAUAAAAUAAAGAAAUAAAACCAU